AUGGCUGACGACAUAGCUAGUGCUCACUCUACUCUCUUUAACGGGGAAACAGCGGACUACAGGAGACUGAACUGUAUCUGCCUCUAUUUCCAACAGGCUCAUUUGAUUUUCUGUGGUUGUUGGUUGUUUGCUAGUCUCACGGUGAUAGAAGCUGCACAGUUUUUCGAAGGGACUGAGAAGCUGCUGGAGGUUUGGUUCUCCAGGCAGCAAUCUGACUUAAACCAAAUAUCUGGGGAUCUUCGCACUAUCCCAAGAUCCGAGUGGGACAUACUUUUGAAGGAUGUGCAAUGUUCAAUUAUAAGUGUAACAACUGAUAAGCAGGAAGCUUAUGUACUCAGUGAGAGUAGCACGUUUGUCUCUAAGAGACGUUUCAUUUUGAAGACCUGUGGUACCACCCUCUUGCUGAAAAUGUUGGUUCCUCUGUUGAAACUUGCUAGGGAUUACAAUGGAUUUGACUCAAUUCAAAGCUUUUAUUCUCAUAAGAAUUUCACAAAGUCUUCUCAUCAAGGGUACCCACACUGGAAUUUCCAGGAAGAAAUAGAAUUUCUUAAUGCAGUUUUCCCAAAUGGAGCAGCAUAUUGUAUGGGACGUGUGAAUUCUGACUGUUGGUACUUGUAUACUUUGGAUUUUCCAGAGACUCAGGUAAUCAGUCAGCCAGAUCAGACCCUGGAAAUUCUGAUGAGUGAGCUUGACCCAGAAGUUAUGGACCAGUUCUACAUGAAAGAUGGUAUUACUGCAAAGGAUGUCACUUGUGAGAGUGGAAUUCGUGACGUGAUACCAGGUUCUGUCAUUGAUGCCACACUGUUCAAUCCUUGUGGGUAUUCGAUAAAUGGAAUGAAAUCGGAUAGAACUUAUUGGACUAUUCACAUCACUCCAGAGUCAGAAUUUUCUUAUGUUAGCUUUGAAACAAACUUAAGUCAGACCUCCUAUGAUGACCUGGUCAGGAAAGUUGUGGAAGUCUUCAAGCCAGGAAAAUUUGUGACCACCCUGUUUGUAAAUCAGAGUUCUAAAUGUUGCACAGUGCUUUCUUCACCCCAGAAGAUUGAAGGUUUUAAAUGUUUUGCUUGCCAGAGCAUUAUGUUCAAUGAUUACAAUUUUGUUUUUACCAGUUUUGCUAAGAAGCAUCAACAACAGCAGAGUUGAUAAGAACAAAUGCAAAAAGAGAACACACAUAGAAGGAGGUGGUGGCUGCUUUUUAGAUAUUGAUACCGGGAGCCAUGCUUUCCAUAACCACCACCUUGUAGCUGCAGAAAGCCCUAGAUGUAAUGAUAAUGUAAUCAUUUUGAAUUAUAUGCAUUAUUAUAUGAAGGAGUUAGAUAUCUUGCAUGAAUGCUCUCUUCUGUGUUUAGGUAUCCUAUGCCACUCUUGCUGUGAAAUUGAAGUGCAUGUAGAAGAAACUUUUUACUAUAUGAAACUUUACAACACUUGUGAAAACAAUUCAAUUUGGCUUACGCACAAUGUAAUAUUUCUCCAUGUAUCAUCCAAAAUUCCCCACAGACAAGGCUUUUUGUCCUCAUUAGGUGUUGGCCUCAGCCUAAUCAUCUGGGACUGUUCUAUUAAAUUGCUGCCAGGAUUUUACAUCCAUUUACCUCCACUUUCCAGAACAUAUUCUCUACUAAUAUUACUGAAACCAAUUUCUACUUCAUACAGUUGUUUUUUGCAACAGUGUUUAAAAUUUAUCUUCCAUGAGCCGAGUCCUCUUUAAGAAAUGAUUGCAGUUAUCCAUUUUGUGUAUUACUAUUUUAACAUUAUUGCUUCUUGUACCUGUACUUUUUUAAAAAUUGAUUUCAUUCCUUGACAUGGUGUCUUGCCUCCUGACCCCCUCUCAAUAAAGCAAUACACUGUUAAAAAAAAAAAAAAAGUGUUGAUAAAGAGCACUUUUUCCCCAUGGCUCUUUAAAUGGACUUGGUGUUGAUUUAUGAAAGAUAACCCUCUAUAAAGCUAAGGGCUUUGUGUGUGUAUAUGUGUGUUCUUAAU